AUGUUCCGUGUCGAAAAGCGACUUCAAGAAAUUGCUCGGGAGCUUCGAGACAUUGGCGCCGAUGCCGCUGAACCCCGAGCUCGUCGUAUCCUUGCUGGUCUGGGAUUCUCAAAAGAAAUGCAAGACAAAGCUGUUGAGGACUUCUCGGGUGGUUGGAGAAUGAGAAUUUCUCUGGCUCGCGCUCUUUUCUUAGAGCCCACCUUACUAAUGCUCGAUGAACCCACAAAUCAUCUUGAUUUGAACGCUGUCAUUUGGCUCGACAACUACCUUCAGUCAUGGAAAAAGACGUUGUUGAUUGUUUCUCACGACCAAGGAUUCCUGGACAAUGUUUGCACUGAUAUAAUCCAUUUACAAGACCAAAAACUCCACUAUUACAAAGGAAACUAUAGUUUAUUUAAGAAGAUGUAUGAUCAGAAGACAAAAGAGUACCUAAAAGCAUAUGAAAGUCAAAAGAAGCAAAUGGUAGCCUUGAAAAAGGGUGGCAAGAGUGCCAAGCAAGCGGAAGAGGAGCUGAAGCGAAAUAUGCAGAAUAAACAAAACAAACAAACAAAAGGAAAGAAAGGAUCUGCUUCGAUGGGAGAUGAAAAUGGGAGAGCAAUCACUUCGACAUGCUAUGUUCUACGUUAUCGUUACUAUACUGCUGUAGUGGGCAUGUGGUCAGGUGCUUGUCAGCCGAUGUUUCAUCGGGGAUGUGGCGGCAAUGAAAACAAGUUCACCACAGUGGCCGAGUGCCGAGAAAAAUGUUCCAAACGUAAAAACGCCACACAGCCGUCCAAGGGUGAUGAAGCAUUAUGGGUUGAAUGCCAGCUUCGAACCGAUGCUAAGAUUCCAGAAAAAGCAAAAAAGUGCGACGAUGGCUGCCCAAUAGGAUACCGGUGUAAUGAGAACAAUAAGUGCUGCCCAAUGAAAAGUGAUCUGCCACCUCCGGAGUUGCUGCAACGUUUCAAAGAGUAUCAAGUCAAGUUCUCGUUCCCAGAAACUGACAAAUUGGCGCCUCCUAUCCUUGGAUUGCACGACGUGACGUUUGGCUACGGUGACAGUAUUCUUUUUAAAAAUGUGGACUUUGGUGUUGAUAUGGACUCCAGAAUAGCAAUUGUCGGCCCGAAUGGUGUAGGAAAGUCGACGCUAUUGAAGCUAUUAACCGGAAGAAUCAAACCUUUACAAGGAGAACUCACAAAGCAUCGACAAGUAAAGAUAGGAUGGUUUGAUCAGCAUGCGAACGAGGCUUUGAACAUUGAACAGACCCCUAUUGAAUAUCUGAGUACAAAAUUCAAUAUUGAUUACCAGUCCGCACGAAAGAAUUUGGGAACGGUGGGCUUGGCUGGACAUGCUCACACUGUCAAAAUCAAGGAUUUAUCAGGAGGGCAGAAAUCUCGAGUUGCCCUUGCAGAGUUAGCUCUGGGAGAGCCUGACAUGUUGAUACUUGAUGAGCCCACUAAUAACUUGGACAUCGAGUCAAUUGACGCCCUUGCAACGGCGAUCACGAGCUUUGGAGGGGGUGUGGUGAUGGUUACUCACGACGAGCGUUUGGUUCGAGCCACUGAAUGCACUCUUUGGAUUGUGGAGAAUCAGGAGGUUACCGAAAUUGAUGGCGAUUUCGAUACCUACAAGAAGGAAGUACUUGACGCACUCGGUGAAACGUUGAGUAGUUCUUAA